UGCUGCCGGGGGAGGAGAGGGAGGCAGCGGGAUUGGGUGACGGGAGAGCCGCGGAGGGCUCAGCGAUCGGGGAGAGGAGGCGGCUCCUUUAUAAACACGGGAGGAGGGGGGCUGACAGUGGCUCCAAAUUUAACCAGGGAAGACUAGGCCGGGAUGGGUGAAGGGACGGACGCAGGGGCGACGGCGGCUGUAGAGGAGGAGAUGCCCGGGCAGCGGAAGAGCAGCGUGGCCGAGGAGCUGGAGAGGGAGCCGCCGCCGCCGCCGAUGAUCAGCGUGGACGUGGCCGGCGUCCUUGUUCAGUUCGCCAAGACUUUCGUGGUCAUCUUCCCGGUGUACGUGCUGGGCUACCUGGGGCUGAGCUUCAGCUGGGUCCUGAUCGGACUGCUCGUCUUCUUCUGGUGGCGGAGGAACCGGGGCAACAAGCGCUCCCGCCUGUACAGGGCGCUGGCAUUCCUCGAGCAUGAAGAGAAACCCUUCCAGGGUGACAUAUCGAGCUCCGACCUGCCGGCGUGGGUUCACUUCCCAGAUGUGGAGAGGGUGGAAUGGUUAAACAAGACAGUGAAACACCUAUGGCCAUAUAUCAGUCAAUUUGUGGAGAAACUGUUUAAAGAGACCAUUGAACCAGCUGUGAGGGGAGCAAACAGCCACCUCAGUACCUUCACCUUCACAAAGAUUGACAUGGGAAGCAAGCCUCUGCGAAUCGAUGGGAUAAAAGCAUACAUAGAAAAUGUGGACAACAGACAAAUUAUAUUAGACCUUCAAAUCAGCUAUGUUGGAAACUGCGAUAUAGACAUUGAGAUCAAAAGGUACUUUUGCAGAGCUGGUGUGAAAGGCAUCCAGAUGAAUGGCACACUUCGAGUAAUUCUGGAGCCCCUUAUUGGCGACAUGCCACUGGUUGGAGCAGUAACACUCUUCUUUCUUCGCAGACCUUUACUUGCCAUUAACUGGACAGGACUAACAAAUCUUCUGGACGUUCCUGGGUUGAAUGGAUUGUCAGAUACGAUCAUCCUUGAUAUCAUUUCCAACUAUCUGGUGCUGCCGAAUCGUAUCACUGUGCCACUUGUGAAUGAGGUGCAGUUAGCUCAGCUGCGGUUUCCUGUACCAAAAGGGUUUCUAAGAAUAUACUUCACUGAAGCUCAGGAUCUGAUAUGGAAGGAUACAUAUAUGAAAGGACUUGCAAAAGGAAAAUCUGACCCUUAUGGCAUUGUUCGUAUUGGUAACCAGAUGUUCCAAAGCAAAACUAUCAAGGAAAAUCUAAAUCCGAAGUGGAAUGAGGUUUAUGAGGCACUGAUUUAUGAAAAUCCUGGCCAGUUACUUGAGAUUGAACUCUUUGAUGAAGACCCAGACAAAGAUGAUUUCCUUGGCAGCCUUAUGAUUGACCUUGUUGAAGUUCAGAAGGAACAGCUAAUUGAUCAGUGGUUUGAUUUGGAUGAGGUUAGCAGAGGAAAAUUGCACUUGAAGUUGGAGUGGCUGUCUCUGCUGCCAACAGCUGACCUUCUGCCUCAGGCAAUGGCUAACACCAGAGCUAUCAAAGGAACUGCCAGUGAUGGGCUUUCCUCUGCCUUACUCAUUGUCUAUCUGGACUGUGCCAGGAAUCUGCCAGUAAUUGGGAAGAAAAUGAACAGUGAGCCAAACCCAUUUGUCCAGUUGUCAGUGGGACAUAACACAUAUGGAAAGAAGAUCCGAUAUCGGACCACAGAACCCGUCUGGGAGGAAGCAUUUACUUUCCGCAUUCACAAUCCACAGAUUGUGGACCUGGACAUUGAGGUUAAAGAUGACCAUCACCAGGGCACUCUCGGUUCAUUUAAUCUGCCUCUUAAGCAGCUGCUGGAAGCUGAAGAUCUAACUAUGAACCAGCGGUUCCAAUUGAAAAGCUCUGGUCCCAGCAGCACUCUCAAGAUGAAGAUAAUGCUUCGAAUCCUUGCCAUUGAAAAGAAAGACAAAGCUACAGAUCAUUCCUCAGCUCAGUUAAAGAAACAGCCAUCACAAAGCAAGGACAGCAGGAGGUCAACACCAAAAAUGCAGCCGGUUGCCCCCACGGAAUCAAACAAAUCAGCCCUAUCCGUUCCUGCUAAUGCCAGCAUUAAGAAGGAUGAGAAGACGGACAAGGUGGAGAUCAGCAGUACUUCUUCCCAGAGUCCCCAGAGGUCCACAAGUUUUCAACAAACUUCGACAGCUCACGUCACCUCUAGUCAAACGGGCUCUCCUUCACACCUUGCGGCCAAAGAAUCAACCCCAAGUAUCGCCUCUGACAUAUCACUACCCUUCGCCACACAGGAGUUGCACCAGAGGCUGCGGCAACUGCAGAAUGGAACAACUCUUGGCCAAUCACCACUGGGUCAGAUUCAACUGACACUUCGGCACAGUUCUCAGAGAAACAAGCUCAUUGUGGUUGUACACGCUUGCCGUAACUUAAUAGCUUUUUCUGAGGACGGCUCAGAUCCAUAUGUUCGAUUGUAUUUGCUGCCUGACAAAAGAAGAUCAGGAAGGAGAAAAACAUCUGUGUUGAAACGACAGCUAAAUCCAGUCUAUGAUGAAACAUUUGAGUUCAUUGUGUCACAAGCAGAGGUACAGAAGAGGACUCUGGAUGUCGCUGUGAAGAACAGUGGUGGCUUUUUAUCAAGGGACAAAGGGUUGCUGGGAAAGCUCCUGAUAGAAAUGACUGAGGAAGUGACUAAAGGCUCUACACAGUGGUAUGAUCUGACAGAGGAUGGUACAAGACACCAGCCCCAGACCUAGAGGAUGUACCGACCCAGUGUUGAUACCAUUGGUCUCGAAGGCUUUCAGCUGUUUUUUAAAAAUAUCUUGGGAGCACCAGCAUCACACCUAAAGCUUUGCACACAUGCAAUGAAUGCACCACAGAGUUUUCAGAAAAUGUCACCUUCCCCGUAUAUAUUUACUGAGUUUUAGCACUGCUUGUUGCAUUUUAAAAAACACCUACUUUUAUUAGUUAAGAUUUUUUAUUUUUUGUAAUUAAAACAAUUAUUGGUAGUACAUACCUGUGGUGUACAUGCUGACUGUCCCCUUGGUCAAAGAAUCUUUCCUGUACAAGACUGUAAAAUACUGCAAGGCAGAUGGUUGAUCCAGAAUUUCUUCCACCUUAUUUUCUGUAGGUUUGCAAUGUAUAACGUGUAAAUACAGCAAGUAUGAUUUAUGUAUUGAAUAUGCAAAGUCAGAUGUUUGUGAAGGAUAUGGGAGGAAAGAUAUUGCAUUUAUUAAAGUGGCAGGCAUGUCCUCACUGAGCAAUUGCCUUGUGCUCUUUCUGGUAGCCUUGUAGUGUAUAGUUCUACAUUAAAGUGUGUGCUGUAAAAUGAAAUAAUAUAGGCCUUACUGACUUAUCGGGUCUAACAUGUUACACAGUGCACUUAGCAGCGAAUGCAAGCCAUGGAGCAGGAAACUGAAACUUUUCAGUUGGCACUCUUUAGAACUCGCCGCAGGGAUUCAAAACCAAUUAUUUAUUUUAGUUUUGACGUUCUACUGUAGAACUGUGAGCACUACUUAAUGAACACGUGAAUUUAGGGGCAGGUAUAGGUGACUCGUCCCUCACGCCUACUCUGACAUUCAAUACAUGGUCAUAGUUGAUCUGAUUGUUACCUCAGCUCUGCACUCCCACCAACUACUGGUGAUCUUUUACCCCUCUUGCUUACCAAGAAUAUAUCUACCUCUGCCUUAAAACUAUUCGAAGACUCACUUUCCACUGCCCCUUCAGGAAGAGAGUUCCAGAGAUGCUCAAUCCUUGGAGAAAACAUUUUGCCUCGCCUAACUUAAAUGGGUGGCCCUUUAUUUUUUAAACAGUGAUGACUAGUUCUAGAUUCUCCCAUAAAUAUCCUGUCCACAUCCACCUUGUGAAAACCCUUCAGGGUAUUUAAGUUGCCUCCCUAAACUCUAAUGUACUACAAGCCUAGUAUUACAUCCCAUCCAUUCCAGCUAUUACUCCUACUGCAAGUACUUUGAACUGCUUCAGUGUAUUUACAAUCCUUCCUUAAACAAGGUAACCGAUGCUGUGCAAGGUAUUCCCAAUGUGGCCCUUUUUAACUGAACCAUAACCACCUCACUUUUAUAUUCAAUCCUUGCAAUAAAUGAUAACAUUCUGUUAGCUUUAUCAAUUACUUGCCUCCAUUCAUAUUACCCUUUUGCAAAUCAUGCACAGAAACACGCAGGUCCCCUCCGCAUCUGAGUUCUGCAAUCUCUUUUCUCACCAUUUAAAAUAACAUACUGUUUUAUUCUUCCUGCCAAAAUUGACAAUUCCAUAUUAUACUCCAUUUGCCCACUUUCUUAACCAACCUAUAUAUCUCUUUGUAGUCUCCUUAUGUCCUGGAAAUUCUUUGCUCAGACAUUAUCCCUCAACCUCUACAAUUGUAAUUGUGCUUUUCCUGUAAACAUUCACCAUACACUGAUGGAUACUGUUUCCAGAUUGUUCAUUAUGUGUCGAUUGUGUCCUCAGUUUCCUUUGGAUGUAUGAAUGAGAUCAGAAAUCCAUCUCUGUAGUAAAUCAGAAAAGAGAUAUUCCCAGACACAUUGCUUGUGUACCAGGAUGCUGUAUUAUGGCAUUAGUAUCCCAUACUACAUGUAUGGUUAAAGCAUCAAAACAUAUUUGAGACAUUGCUAUUCUUUUAAAUGCAGAAAGGCAGCUUUUAUUAGAUUAAAAAUGGAAACAGCUGGAAAUACUCAGUCUGACAGGAAGAAACAUCUGUGGAGGAAGAAACAAAGUUAAUGUUUCAGGUUAAUGAUCCUCAUCAGAGCACAUUUUGUUGGUUUGCUUUGGCAUCCGUGCAUGAAGGUUUCAUUCAACCCCAAUAAUUCAAAUAAUUCACAACUCCAUUAUUAAGUGGGUUACUGCUGUUUGAUUUUUGGAAAUUUAAACUAUUGUAGCCACCCUCUCUCAUUUUGUUAUUAGAGUAUUAUGGGUUUGAGCUUUACAAGUAAAUAUUUUGAGAUUCUAUUGCCCCCAAAACCUCUCAAACUUGGUUUUACUUAAGCAGAACUAUAAUCUUGUGUUAUAAAUAUUACUUGCAGCCCUAUUAUUUUACAUAAUCAUAGAGCUAAAUAUUUUCUUCACUUCAUUCUGUGUUGGUUUAUUAUUGUGGAAGUACAUGGUUCAAGCGCAAUGGGAAUGGUGACAGAAGAGCUGCAGAAAAUUAUGAAACUUGAAUCUAAAAAUCAAAUAUUGAGUGUAUCAGUAAAACAUAGGUAAGUUAUAUAAACUUAAGAUCAUUUGUUUGCAUUUUAAUUGAGUGCAGUUCAUAUUUGUUUUAUGCUGCUUGAACCAAUAUUAAGUUCUGAAUGGAUGAAAAGCCUUUCCAUUUUUAUGGCAACUGGUUUGUUCAGUUUAUUAAUUUAAAUUUAUUUAAUUCAAUUGAUUUUAAAUAUUGGAAGUAAUGACUGAAUAUCAGUACAGUUCUUUGUGAUGCCAACACAACAGUUGUAUUUCGUCAGUUCUAUCAUGUUCUAAAGAUAGCUGACAUUCACAGUGAAAGUCAUUCUUCAGGUACAUUAGCAUUUCAAUUGAAGUUUUGAAAGGUCUCCUAUUUAGAAAUAAACUUCAAAAAGUAAAUUACAACAAAUUGGAAUUUGUAGCUGCAGUUAUCCUUGCUUAAUUGAUUGUACCAUAUAUUGCUCAAUGAGAUUUCUCUCCUGCAAUUUCCCUGAAAAGUGCACUCUGGUAACUUCUGUUUGUGCCGAACAUUGUUUGAAGAACACCGCAGCUGAGUCAGCCAAGUCUAUUCGUUCAAGCUACCAUUGUCUGCUCCACGCAGGUAUUACUGUGCCUUAAAUAUUGAUGUAUAAAAAUAUUAUGGACACUGAUUCAUAUUUGAGGAUAGUCAUACUUGGUAGAUUUUAAGCUGUUGUAUUUAUGACUUUUUUUUUGCAGAACUGUUAAUGCUGUAGAAAUAAAGUAUCUUUUCUUUUGGUCAUAAGAAUUAAGAUGUGUUCAAAGCAUCAUCGCUCUGUUCCUAAUGACAAAGGCAGUCUUUUUUCUAUCUAUUUGCAUAGCCUCAAACAAUGAUUUAUUGGGAUUGCCAAAUUAGGGGUCAUUAAUUUGUUGUGAGGACUUCUUGGCACAAAGGGAUCUAUCACAAUUGCAGAAGUAUUUCCCCAUCUAAAGUAGAAAAAUGUUGGCCUGGGGCGUGCAAUGGAAUAUUUUUGUGAUAUCUGUGCAUUGGCUUGCUUAAGAUAGUCUUGUGAAAAUGCUUUGCAAUGCUAAUGGAAAAAAAUUCAGAAGCAUCAACAGAAAGGAAUUGAUAGUAAGGGAAGAAAAAAAAAGCCAAAGUCUAUCAUUGUUUUGAAGUCUUCAGGUUUUUGGCCCUGGUAUCUUCACUGAAAUGCAAUUCUUUCAGUUUUUGUUCAGUAUGUUACAGUAUGCAGUGCUUCAUAUCCUGUCUUCUACAUCAAUUAUAUCUGCGGGCAGCCAUGUACAAUCAAUAAAAGAUUAAGAAGA